AUGUCCCUGGUACCUUACCCAGAUUCAGACUCUGACGAGGAUGUUGGCGGACAUGGUAUCGCUGCCCAGUCGCCGGGCAGGGCGCCCAAGAGUCCUAUACAGCUGAAGCGCAAGCACAGCCAGUCUGCCCAGGAUGACCUGCCGCCGCUUCCGGCAGCAUUCCAUGACCUGUACACGACCAACGCGCGUAUCAGCACCAGCGACAACCCGGAACUACAUGGAGGCCGGAAGCGCGCAAUGCCUCACGUCGAAGGCAACUGGCCAAGCCAUGUCUACUUAGAGUGGAAUCCUUCACAGGCCGAGUCUGAUAAUCUGCACGGACUGAUACAACACGUCAAGGACGCGAUUGAUGCCCAAAACAAGGAACGUCCAAAGAAGACUCCUGUGCCAAAAAUUAUUCCAUCUCUUCAAUCAGAACUGGGCGCUCCUCUGCCGCUGCACGUCUCGCUUUCGCGGACGCUGCAAAUCAAAACAGAAGACAGGGAUGUCUUCUUGGAUGCAUUAAGAUCACGUCUGCGCAGAGCUUCAGUUGCGCCAUUUCAAUUUCAAUUCAGAGGUCUGAAAUGGGUUCCAAACUUCCAGCGCAACCGAUGGUUCUUGGUCCUUAGCAUCGAGAAGCCUGCAAAUAAUGAGCUCAAUCGACUUCUGGAUGCAUGCAACAAGGCUACGAGACACUGUGGCCAUCCAGGUCUAUAUGUCGGUGGCCAUGGAGAUGGGCCUAUGGAGAGCAGUAAUGAGAAUACUGGAAAUAAGAGACGAAAAGGCCAAGAUACCGAGGAAGAGAGUGUUGAUCGUUCUGAUCGCUUCCAUGUCAGCAUAGCCUGGAACUUGGAGGAGCCUGACCCGGAAUGGACGGCCCUGAUCAAGAACAUUGACGUGAGCGAGCGUAUAAAACAACCGCAAGCUUCUAUCGAUGUCGUCAAAGUAAGGAUUGGCAACGUGGUCCACAACAUCGACCUGAAAGCGGGGAGAUUGGGUGGUACAAUGGGACUAAAUCAAAACUCGAAUUGA